AUGGUCACUGUCCAGCUCGCCGUGCAAACCAUCAUGCGCUACUCCCAGUCUACCCCAUCGCUGUUCGCGGGAUUAUCCUACCUGUCUGCUGCUGUUGUCGAGGCACAAGGUGGAUACUAUGGCUCUGCUCCGCCUGCGACGUCGUGCAAUGCCAGCAACACCACUGUGGAUCUGAGCUGGCAUGCUCCUGUCAAGUCCAACAUCAAUGAUCUGGCGGGAGUGAUCAAUGGUACCGGCAUUUAUGGCUUCGUCUUCAACACCAGCCAAGGCCCGCUCAAUACCUAUGACUGGUGCAACAUGCCGCAUACGAAUGUCAAGACCUAUCCCAAGGUCAAUGACAGCAGUCACAAGCUGGAAUAUGUGGAGGUCAUCCAUCGCCACCACAAGCGAACCCCAUAUGCGGCCAACACCUUCCCAACAGAGGGCUAUGCAUGGGAUUGCUCUGACGAGGGUCUGUUUUAUGGCGGUAAGCCCAUCAACCCGUAUGGUAACAGCUCGGUGAGCAGUUACUGGCAGGUCUACACAUCACCUUCCAAUCCUCUCGUUCCGGAAGGCUUCAAUGGCACCUGUCAGUUCCCACAGAUCACUCGUGGCGGACUGGACGACAGCCACCAGCACGGCGUGGAUUUGAAGGCCGUCUACAGUGGCAUGCUCGGCUUCAUCCCAGAGCAAUAUAAUCCCAACCUCGUCUCUUACCGUGUGACAAACAACGUCAUUACCUCACAAGUUGCUAGCAUGCUCAUCGCAGGCAUGUACCCGAAUCGUGCCAGCAAGGACACUCCGCUCCUCAUCCAGCCUGCCAGCAUUGACUCCCUUGAACCAGUCUACACCUGCACAGCCGCUAGUCGCUUAUUCAGCUCUUAUGGUUCCGGCUCUUCCUCACCAGCAUGGAAGAUUCACCUCAACGAUGCAGCAAGUCUGUAUACUCGCCUGGAUGCCCUCUCUGGCGUUAACCCAAACGCAAGCGGGUGGCACAUGUCUUUCGACCACUACUUUGACAAUCUAAGUGCACGUCUAUGCCACAACAAGCCGCUUCCUUGCAACAUCGUCAACACAACCGACUGCGUCACCGAAGCCGAAGCUGAAGAGGUCUUCCGUCUAGGAGAGUAUGAGUACAGCUUUAUCUACCGCGACAGCAACCAGUCCCUGCCUGCCAGCGUGGGAAGCUACGGCAUCUGGAUUGCUGAGCUCACCCAGAACCUGAGACAUGCCAUGGGCCAAGGACCGUCUAGUGUGAACGCCACAUCCCAACAGAUCCGCUACAGACACAACGUAGCUCACGACGGCUCGAUCUCUCGCCUGCUGGCUAUUCUGCAGAUCGAACGAAUGGUCUGGCCAGGCAUGGGCUCGGAAGUUAUCUUUGAGCUGUAUAGCAAGAACGGCUGUUACUUCUUGCGUGUGUUGUGGGGAGGUCAGAUCAUGAACUCGAGCAAUCCUUCGCUGGGUCGUCUGGAUAUGGUGCCUAUCAGCACGAUCUUGGCAUACUUUGAUGGAUUAGUCGGUGUUGGUGCGAGCAAGAUUCCAGGCAUCUGUCAGACGCCGGCCUGUGCUAGUAAUGGCGAGGGAUAUUUUGUGCUCAUCCAGAUCAUCACAGGUGGGUACCCCAAGUUCGCCUCCCAAGGUUUCAAUUCUGCGUACCUUCCUAUCUGGCUGAAAGAAGCAGGUUAUGAUACCUACUACAUCGGCAAGCUUUUCAAUGCCCAGACUGUGGACAACUACCACUCUCCUCAUGCCGCUGGCUGGACCGCAUCCGAAUUCCUCCUUGACCCUUUCACAUAUGAGUAUCUCAAUGCUACACUUCAACGGAAUGAAGGCGAGACACAUUUCGAUCCUGUCAGCUACGAGGGGCAAUAUAGUACCGAUAUCGUUGCUGAGAAGGCCUAUGGCUUUUUGCAAGACGGGCUGAAAGGCUUUGAGCAGGAUGGCAAACCUUUCUUUCUUGUGGUAGCUCCCAUUGCACCGCAUACUAAUGUGCACUUCAACGAGCACAUCGAUGGCAACUUUAGUGAGAAUUCAGUCGUACAGUCGCCACCUGUGUCUGCUCAAAGGCACGAGCAUCUUUUCGAGGACGUCGUCGUUCCAAGGAGUCCACACUUUAAUCCUGAUGAGCCAAAUGGUGUAUCGUGGAUCUCGAGGCUUCCAAAGCAGAACUCCACAAAUGUUGACUCCAACGACAUCCAUUACAGACGAAGGUUACAAUCACUCCAAGCCGUGGACGAGAUGGUCGACGGUGUUGUGACCCGGAUGAGCAAGGCUGAGAUUUUGGACGACAGCUUCGUGAUCUACACUACUGACAAUGGCUACCACAUCGGCCAACAUCGGCUACAGCCAGGCAAGCAGUGCGCCUUUCGAGAGGACGUCAACAUACCACUCUUCAUUCGUGGUCCAGGAGUAUUGAAUGGCAUCACCUCGAUCUAUUCAUCCCAUAUCGACCUGGCACCCACUAUCAUGAAGCUUGCCCAUGCCGAAUUGCCGUCAGGGACUGUAGUGGGUGAUUUUGACGGCCAGCCUGUACCACUCACUUACGAGGACUUCGACGAGCACAACGAUACCGUACAAUCUGAGCACAUGGAUGUAGAGAUGUGGGGCAUCAUAAUGUCAGAGGGUAAUUAUGGAAGCGUGCUAUAUCCUAAUCAUACUUAUAAAGCUCUACGCCUGGCUGGAAACGACUACUCCUUUCUGUAUACUGUGUGGUGUAGUGGCGAGCAUGAGCUAUACGACCUGACGAACGACAUGUAUGAAAUGCACAACCUCUACCAACUCGGUCACUCCACACUCUUCACCUUCAACGGCAGCAGCCAUGAAGCUACGGAUAAAUUGCAUUUCGCGACGCCUGACGAUUUCCCGAACGUUAGUCUCCUGAGCUCCUUCACAGCCAACAGUUCGCUCACGCUAUCAUCAAAUCCUGCCACUCUUUCACGUAUCAUCGCUCGUCUCGACACUCUGCUGGUGGUCUUGAAACUAUGCAAGGGUCGGCAGUGUACUCACCCCUGGGAAGUCCUCCAUCCAGAUGGCAGUGUCAAGGACUUACACGCUGCUCUGGAUGAAAAGUACGAUCUUUUCUACGAAGUCGAGCAAGAGCGCGUGAGGUUCGACAAGUGCGAGACGGGGUACAUCAAGGAGGUUGAAGGGCCGGGCGGCGUGAAGACAUGGGAUGGCGAGCUGAGGGGAGGUGCUAGAUGGCAGGACUUGACGUGA